GCACAUGUUUGUUUUGAUUUUCCGGCGAGAAAACAGAGUCCGGAAAAAUUGCACUAAAAAUCCAGAAAAACUCGGCAUUCAGCAACCAAAACCAUGGUUUUUACCUCGGUCGUCAACUUUGUCCGGUCUCGGGGGCCUGAUGAGUUCUGGAGAAAGCGUAGGAUUUUCAAACUGGCAGCGCACUUUAUUGGACGUCGGAGAAACUGCUAUUCAAUUACCAUUCGCAACGUAAAUCGGGCUCUUGCUUACGCCACGAAAGGACGUGAGCUUAAAAAACAGGAUAUGCGUGAACUGUGGACGCAGCGAGUAAAUGCCGGCUGCGAGCAACAUGGAAUGCAAUUUGCGGAUUUCCAGUACGGCCUGUAUCGCAACGAUAUUCUGCUCAAUCGGAAGGUGUUGGCAGAUUUAGCAAUCUGGGAACCGAGAACGUUUGAAGCACUAGCGAAAAUAAGUCAGCAAAUACCGGAAGAUGGCAGCGGUGAUAAGUAAAACAAGUGGAAAUACGUAGCAAACACAAUAAACUGAUUAUAACCGUUAGUUAUUAGCCUGUUAAUUCCCGAAAUGAAUCGAAAAGCAAUAAAAAUUAACUUCUACUC